AUGGGUUGCGGAUCAAGUAAAAACUUCCGAGCGGUGUCGCCUUUCAGCAAGGCACUAGUGCUGCUUCACUUGGCAUGUGCAGGACCUAAAUCUGAUAACCAAGGUGCUAUAUUAAGGAAAAAACCCGAAUUAGUUGAUCUCGGGAUUCAAGUUGAACAUAUGUUUGAGCUCGUUGACUCUGUCACUCAAACAGAUAUUCCUUCGUUUCCAGGUGAAGACCUGGAGGAAUCUUAUUUUGAAGAUUUUCAAGGACCAGAUAUAUUGGACGUGGAAACGCAGACACUGGCCGGAACACUAAACGAGAAAGAUUCUGUAAAAAGCGUGAAAGUACAGACGAAUCUUCCACAGGGGAAAUUAUGUCACAGCUCUUCACAAACGGAUGACAAGAUAACCAUUGAUAUCGGUAUUCAGGUAGUAACUUCCAAAGUGAAUCACUCUACACAAACGGUCCGCCAGUCUUCAUCGACACAGACCAGUGGAAUUAUAUCAAGCCACACCUCAGGAUACAAAUCUGAUCUAACCGUCAGGCCAUAUAAAUCAACUAAAGUGGAUUUUGAAUCUCAAAUGGACUUUGUUCCAGUCGCGUUAGCAGCAAAUACUGACUGUUCUAACAAUGUACAGUACCCUAAAGACGCGACGUCACCUUUUGCUCAUAUAGAAAGAAAACUCGGCGAGUCGUUUUCGGCCACCAGAUACUACCGAUCUAAUAAAGUAAACAUUCAAGGAAGCAUUACAAGUUCACCAAGAGAGUCUGAAGACAUCUCUCGUCACGACAUGAGUGUAGUACCUAAAUGCACUUAUGAGUCUACAAAUAAAAUAGAAACUGCAGCUCAGACUGAUAAUGAUCCAAUUACAGACGAAGCUCCCGAAUAUGCUGCCUGCCCCCCACCUUGUAAGAAGAAGGAGAUGGUCCCUAAUCCUGAUAUAUUUCUGGAGAUAGACCAACAUGCUUUGAGAGCCCCGAAAUCUGCAAGAACGUCAGUUCAAAAUCUUGUUAGUUACCUGACCCAAGGUGCCAAAACCGAUUUACAGAAAGUACGAGCUUUCUUCAAGUGGAUGGCCAGUAACAUGACAUACGACUGGAAAUAUAUGGAUGUACGUAUAACGGCCGAAGACGUUCUACAUGCGUGUGAGGGGGUCAGUAAAGAUUACUGUACUUUAUUCAGCGAAUUAUGCAGGCUCGCCAAUAUACGUGUAAAGACGUUACAAGGAUUUGUUAAAGGCCACAACUAUAGGCCUGGCCAUCAGUUCAAUCCUGGAGAAGAUGUAAUGCAUGCGUGGAAUGCAAUCUUCAUCUUUGGGGCGUGGCGUUUGAUUGAUACGACAUGGGGAACAGGAUACCUUGACCACACGGGGAAAUUUCAGAGAAAAAUGAAGGAAUAUUUCUUUCUAACGGAUCCUGAAGACUUAAUCUGGUCCCACUUCCCAUAUAGUGAGAUGGAGGAUAACUACAGCAGCGAAUUUAUGUUUUUCAGAUGGCAACUGUUAGACAAGCCUAUAACUCUGGAACAGUUUAAUACUUUGCCUAAGGUGACGCCAUUUUUCUUACAGUACAAUCUCAAAAUACGAUCCUGUGUGCAAAACCCAGUAUUGUGUAAAGUGCAAACCGAAGUCAAGUUGGGAGCUCAUGAACCUGUUCGUUACAAGUUUAAAAUGUAUCCUGCUGAAGAGCUGGAAAACUCUUCAUUCAACAAAUACGUUUUCUGUCAACUCAAAGAAGAUCGCUUAAUAGGCUCGUUCGUCAUCAUUCCGCCUAUAGAGGGCAGAUACUACCUCAAAGUGUACGCCAAGCCAGAAAACGAUACAAGUGAAGACGCUAGCCUUCAUGCUGUCGUGAUAUUUCUUAUAGAAUGUGUGCGAGCAAAAAAGUACAUCCAACCUUAUCCACUAAACGAAGUUCCUUGGGGCCCAACACAAAGUUUCUUUAAUUUCAACAUGAAAUUAAUCAACCAAUCAGGGCCCACCAUCGUAACGUGGGGCGGUCGACGGAAACUGACGCUAGAAUUAAACACGCCGAUGAUCAUAACACCCCAGAUGUUUGAUGCGAAUGGUAUUGAACUAGACUUGAAAGGGGUUCUUGUCCAAGAGGAUUAUGACAACCGAGUUACUUUCACAGUUCUGCCAUACCGUGUUGGUCUGUACAAGUUAAUCAUUUUUGGAAUGCCAAAACCUAAAGAAAAGGGAAAGUGGAAACUCCCCCUCUUGGCCUCGUUCCUCGUCGAUUGCAAACUAACGAAACAAAAACGAAUCUUCAAUACAUAGGAAAGGAAUAUGAUCAGCAAACCUAUAAGCGUGAGAAAAGAGUGCAAAUUAUACAUGUUCGUUGAAGAUCGACAUAUAAGGAUUCUAAACACAAUAUGUAAUAUACAUUACCAGCAUGAUUCGAUUCUAUUUCAAGAAAAGGCUUCCAAA